CGCAGAGCAGCGCCGCACAGCGCACAGUUUACCCGGGGAGAAAACACCUGUUACUGCCGGAGCGAGGGGACUAAGACGAGUGUGUCUUCUGUUUGUGCUACUCGCCUGACUGCACCCUCCCCACACGCCCACACAUCCCACAGUCCGGUGGGACCAUGUGGGUUCUGGAUAAGAUCCGCGGGUCGGUGGAGACCGGCGUGCUGCGACAGGGGGAAAACGCAGAUAGGAAAGGCGCCCCCUACAGCAACGUCCUCACCCCGGACAAGAUCCCGGACUUCUUCAUUCCUCCGAAGCUGGUCAGCGGCGCCCCAGAGCCGGAGAUUCCUCAAGUGAAACCCAAAGAAACUCUGCAACCCUCGGCCGCUUUGGAGCAAAGUCAUUGCGGCGGGAGGAAGAUCAGCAGCCCGAGGAGUCCACGCCUGGUGGCCAAGCUCGCCGGUGACACCAAGAACCUUCUGCGAGCCGCGAACCGUCACAUCAUCCAGAUCGAGAGCGCGGACGAUGUUGGAGACACCAAUGCAGACCCUCAAUCGCAAACCGCCAUGUCCCUGCCUUACGUUCCCAAGACUCAAACACCGUAUGGAUUUGCGACGUUGAAGGAAAGCCCUCACACUCGCCGCAAAGAGUCGCUUUUCCACUGCGAGCUCACCAGCCCCGUCACCUCCCCAAACAUCCAGAGGAAGACCCACGGGAGGAGCAGCGAUGCGGGGAACCAUCUGAAUCCCGCCGACUGUAACAGCUCCCACAUGAACCCGUAUCGGUACUUCAGCGGAGGCGAGAGCGACACCUGCUCCUCCGCCGAGUCCUCGCCCUUCAGCUCUCCGUUGCUCUCCCGCUCGGCAUCGCUGCUCAAGAUCUUCACGCAGGAGACGCAGGCCAAAGUCGUGAAGGCCAAACGGUCGCUCGCUCGCCACAGCUCCCUCUCCACCGAUGAGUGCAGCUCGGCAGAACCAAGCCCAAACAUCCAGCGGCGGCUCCACGGAUCUUCCUUUGGUGGGGCCGGGUUGUCGGACCACCAUCGGGAGCACACCGUCAACCUGCACAAAGGAGGAACGAUGAGGAUCAGCGCCAACUACGACGCCAGCACCUCCCGCCUGCUGAUCCGCGUACUGGCGGCGGAGAGUCUUUACGACAAGCACUUCGACAUCAAGAGCAUCAACUGCUGCGUGUCCGUGUACCUGAACCCGGGCAAGAUGCAGAAGCAGAGGAGCAACAUCAUCAAGAACAGCCGCAACCCGGUGUUCAACGAGGACUUCUUCUUUGACUCGAUCAGCGUCGUGCAGGUGAAGAAGCUGUCGGUGAAGUUCAAGGUGGUGAACAAGGGCACCAGCCUGAAGAGGGACAACCUGCUGGGAGAGCGAGAGGUGCUCCUGACAAAGCUGCUCUCCGGGGUUUAAAGCUCCUGGAGGUCAAAGGAGGCGGACAUGGAUUGAAAGAUAAAUUAGAUGUUUGCACUGGUUUCUAUUGCUGUUUUUAUUCUGAUAUAUGUAAGCCGAUGGACUUUGGAGGAGGUACUGAAAUAAAGGCUUACUUCUUACACCUGGAAAAAAAGCUCCCAAGUUCAUUAAAGGAAUCUCUUGAUGUAGGAAUUUAUGAUGUUGGAGGCCUCCCCGGUUCCUCCUGCUCAUUAAACCCAGGCUUCAACAGCAGCAGAUGAAUUUCACAGAUGAAAGCAUGUUUUUUUUCUUCUGGAACCCCCCCUAGCCAACUUCCUCCGACAGGUCUGGUUCAGAGGUUACACAACACCUGUGCAUCCAUCGCCGCCCAGCACUACUGUGUUCGUCAUGGUUUUUAUCAUUGUAAUGGGACAUAAAUCCACACCAGCACAGGAUGUGAAGCUGCAAUAUCUGCGCCGCGUGUUUGGCACAAAGAUGCUUUUGUGAAUCAGAGCUUUGAAGUGGCACUACAUCCUGAUGUGCAAAUGACCCUUUGAUCCCAGUCAUCAUGGCCCGCCUCCUGCAUGGGUGGGUGUCAGACAAACAGAGCUGCCACAAUAGCCAAAUUUGCAUGCACAUCUGAAAAACAAUUAUCAUGCAAAGUCCUGAUUGCCAUAAAUUGAUUAUGUCAAUGUAGAUAUUAACAGGAAGCAGAAUUCCAGGAACAUACGGUUGCAGAAAUGUCUAGGUUUUGCCUUUUUAUUUAGUAAAAGGUACCCGCAAACACAAGUCUUAUUUAAUUCAGUUAUUCUUUCUUGAGGUGUAAUGAACUUUUAAGUUUAAAAUCCUUAAUUGUUUACACCUUAGUUGGCUUGGAAGCGGUCGUCUAGUUGACAGCACUUGUUGGUGCAUUGAUACGUUUGCCAUUUAGCAGAAGAGUGAAAAACCAGUGGCAGGAUAAGGGAUUGCAGAUUGAAAAACAAUAUCCUAAAUGAAGUUUAUUUUUCUUCAAACCUGCGCCGGAUUGUUUUAUCUGUUGAUUUAUUAAAAGCUAAGUGAAAAUAAAAGGUUGCUACUCGUGCGCCAUUCAGAGUUUACGAGGAUGAUUUCUAAUGGGAACAGGUCCAAAUAUUCUGACCGCCCUUUCAUUUUACAGACAUCAAUUCAUGCAGGCUGGAGGAAUCUGGAGCUGAAAGGAAUGAUAAUAGUUCCCUCAUUUUAAUUCCGGUUUGGGUGGUGAGAUCUUUUGAGGAACCUGUGAGUGCGAUCUCACUGCAGCCUGUCACGAAGGCCUCAUUCAUUGUGGGCACCUUGAUUAAAUCUUGUGCAACCAGGCAACGAGCUCUCGCCUCGUCUUCGCUCUGCAUGCAGACCGGUUACAUAACACCGUCUUAUUCUGCACAGGGUCCAAGAUGAUUACUUUAGUUUUGUCACGCAGCCUUUCCUCCUCGGUCAAAUCUGCCUCUCCAACCUUUUUCUCUAAAGCACUUCACAUAUUUCUCAAUUGUUGGAUAAUUUCGCAAUGGGACAAGAAGUGAGCUGAUUAAAAUUCCCGUCAUGUAAACCGUCGGCCAUUUAUGCAACCAGUGCCGCUGCCUUAGUCACAGUGUCGGCAGUGGACAGAUACAGUACUUGUGUGCAUGUAAAUGUAUUAAAUGUCUCAUUAUGAGGAUAACAGAGCACUGUAGUAACAGUUGCAUGCCACAAAUGUCACUGACAUGCUGGUGUUUGCAUGAAAUGCUAAAAGUUAUAUCAAACCCUAAAGCCUUACGAUGUAUAUCUGUGUGUGAGAAUGAAAGAAAGUGUGUGUGUGUGUGUGUGUUUGAUUAGCAUGACAUUUGGUCCUAUGUUUUCUAUGUACGACAUGUUUUGUAAAAUGGUUCUGUUGGAUUUGUACUGUAUAUAUAUCUACAUAAUGUACUAGUUUCUACGAUUGUCAGCCAAUUAUGCACCAGCGAGUGAGAAGUGAUGAUGAGAGGCUUUUUAAUUAGGCCUGUUUUAACUUUAAUUACGCCCAGGGGGAAGAGGUAGAAAUGUCAAGUGAAAUAAGGAAAACAAGGCAACAAGGAAGACAAUAUUGUGUGUGUUGAUGUUAAAAGCAGCUCUUUGGAUUAUGAGAGUAGACAGAAAGGAAAUCAGAGAGAUGCAAAUUACUGAGGCGCCUCACACACUGCCACAAAGAGGAUUUCUCUCACCUGGUGUUAGUAGCUCCCUUGUAGCACUGUUCUUGAUAUGCUCUCUCUUUAUUCGUUAUAUAUACACGGUGAACCUGCUGGUCGGCUUUGUUUUGGUGUGAAAGUCAGUGAUCUGUGCCUGCUCGUACAGUUAUAGCAUGACUAACAAACUUCAGUAGUGUCAGUGGUGACUUUCAGUGGAUUCAUAUCGUGCAGUGGUGAGUCCAAUGUGCUCUGAUUCUAGGUGAAGUUUUACUGCUGACACAAAUGCUUUUUACACCUGAAAUAUUGUUGAUUCAAACUGUUUUGUAUUAUUAGAAACAUUUGCUCAUGUGGCUUAUCAUUUAAAACAAUGGAGUUGCAGAUGGGAAAACAAUAAACAGUAAUCUGAUUACUUCUGCCUACAUAUCUGAAGUCAUAUCAGGAGGUUAUAUCAGCGUUAAAGUUUUACGUUUCAUGCAAUUCAAUCACAAGGAAGACUAAAAGACGGAUGAAGGGGGCCGUUUAUGCUCCUUUUCAGGUGUAUAUUAGUAUGUUGAGCCUCUACUGGGACAUGUCUCCCUGCUUUAAUGUUCAAAAAGCUCUUUAUUUUCCUCUUACCUCUUUUCACCCUCUGUCUGAAACCAGAGCCCAGUCUGCUCUGAUUGGUUAGCAUGCCGGCUCUGUUGUGGUUGGUCAACCUCUUGUCCCGGCCCUUAACCUAUCAUGUACAAUGUGUUGGAGAGCUAGCCAAUAGAAGCAUGGUUGUCACAUGGUGAUGUCACUAUUUUACAGAUGUAAAUAAAAGAGUCCAAUUGUGUGUGGUAAACCCCCUAAAUCAUAAUAAGGCUCUUUAACAUUUUACUUUUAACAUUUAACUACACACCAGCAAAGUUACAUCAAGCUUUUCGGUCAUAAACAGUGGAUUUAUUGAAUGGGUUUCUUCAGUUUUGAUUGCUCUGGUGGUAGAUUUGAAUCUGAGCCGGAGGUUUACCACAUAUAUCUGUAACAGAAAUAUAUUGGAUAAUGUUAAGAGAUGAUUACUCCUGAUAAGCCCACUUAUCUGCUCCUGAGAAAACACACUCAAAAAAUGGAUGCAUUGAAAUGUAGGAGAUGAUUUUGAUUCUUAUCACUGGUGGGGAGAAAAAGGAUUUGCCAUUGGAAACCAUGUUGUUGCAAUCUUAAAACUAAAAGUGAUCGAGAGUAGACAUUUAAUUUACACUGUGCUUUCUACAACAAUGGGAAACAGAGCUGACUCAGAGUUGCUGAGAAUAAUAUGCCUUCCUGCGCCUUUUAAAGCUAAUUAACAAGGAAUUAUAUUGGGUAAAACACACCAAAUUGUACCCAUGACAUGUGUUUUUAUGCAGCUUUUAAAGUUCAAUAAGUGAAUGAAAUAAAUGAAAUUCAAGAUUUUAAUUGCAGUUUAAUUUGUUACAAUUCCAACAUUACAUAUUUCUGUUAACUACUACAUUUCAGAUAUUCUUAUUAGAAAAACGUGUCAAAAUCGCAUUACGUUCAUACUGGGAGUGCAGCUUCAAUACUAACUCGUCAAAAAGCAGUUGUUGAUGUUCAAAACUGCAAAUAACGCUUUGCAGGUGUUCUGAUAGUGUAACAUAAGUCUUACAAAAGUGGAAAUGUGGACGUGUUUGUCAAGCCUAAUACCAACAAAGCAAUCAGGAUUCUCCCUCUGAGAACCAUAAUGAUAAUGAAGCAACAAACAGAUGUCAUUAUUCCCAGAGUCACGCUCAUUGUGUGGUCAAAACAAGGUUGUUUAUUUAAAAUGUUGACCUUUGUUUGGCAACGGGGAGGAAAUUACAGGAAUCACCUGUCCUGUUAUCCUGCCUGCUGGUGGGAAACCAGCCCUCGUAUCUCUGCACUCAAUAUCUGUUUAAUUUAAUAAGGGGUGGAGAGGCUUGACUGAUAGCAUUUAAAAUGAGAAUCGAGUAAAGUGUGAGUGCCGCUGUGUGUGAGAGAUGGAGAGUGAUGGAUGUUGUUUUUCAUUGACUUUCACAUUUCAUUUUUAAAUAUAUUGUACAUAAGCUCAAGUCUGCAUGUCUUGGCAGGUUCUCUCUGAAAAGUGCCCAUCCUUUACUUGACACUGAAGUCUUUCAUUUAUUUCCAGACUGUUGCUGUUUUCUGUUGUGUGUCUGGGUUGUGCAGGUAGAUUUUUACUGUGAUGCUACAACCACUGACUGUCUGGUUAUUUACUGUGUUGAUGGAUGUGAAAUACUUCAAUUAAAGGAAAAG